UACGUCUCUUAUACUCAUACUCAUACUCACUCAAUACGGAAACCGUAGUGCUGUUUAUAGAUUCCCGUACGGUAAUCUAUAAACAGCACUACGGUUCUCGUAUUGUUCAACUUUUGCGGGACGAGGGAAGGAAGGAAGGCAAUUUAUAAAUCAGGCUUAAGGCUUAUUAGCUACUCCUACUUUUGAAAUGACCAAAAAUACCUGCCCAAAAUGUUUCGUCCGAAACUACUCGUUAUUUAUCUAAUGAAAAAUAUACAAUCACACCGUAAAGACGAUUAUGGAAAAUAUUUUAUUCUUCUUUAGAUUUAUUGGCCAUUAGCGCUAUUUGGCCAGCACAUUAUAUUUUUAAAAAUUUGUUUACUGUUCAAGGGUCUCAUUUAGAGUUUGAUUAUGUCUUUCGUGUGUAUCGCUUGAUGAAAAACUGUCAGAUUUUAUCCGGUUUUUUUAAUUUCUUAAAAAUAACAAACAGCUUAUGUAAAAAAAUGUCUUCUCCGGCUCCAAAAUCUCCAGAACAAUCGGUGAAAAGUAAAAAAUAUGACCGACAAUUAAGAUUAUGGGGAGAUCAUGGGCAAAAGAAUUUGGAAAAUGCUAAAAUAUGCCUAAUUAAUGCAACAGCAUUGGGAACGGAAAUAUUAAAAAGCCUUGUUCUGCCUGGAAUUGGAUUAUUCACUAUUGUUGAUGGUGAAAAAAUUUGUGAAGAAGAUAUUGGAUCAAAUUUUUUCUUGGAAGUAGACACAUUAGGUUCAUCAAGGGCGCAAAUUGCAACACAAUGUUUGUUAGAAUUAAAUCCCGAUGUUAGAGGAGAUUAUAUAGAUGAAACUCCAGAGCAUGUAAUGUCACAUACUCAAGAUUUUUUUAAUAAUUUUACUGUGGUUAUAGCUACAGCGCUUUCAGAGAAAACUCUUAUACCUUUAUCAAAACUCUUAUGGGAAGCUAACAUACCAUUAAUAGUGUGUAGAAGUAUAGGAUUCUUGGGCUACAUAAGGCUACAAGUUAAAGAACACACAGUUAUUGAAUCUCAUCCUGACAGUGAAAAUCCAGAUUUACGGCUUGGACAACCUUGGGAUGCUCUUAAAGAACACCUUGAUCAAAUUGAUGUUCCAAAUUUAGAUAAAAAAACUAGAAGUCAUACACCUGCAUUAGUUAUACUGUAUUAUUUUUUAAAAAAGUAUAGGGAGGAACAUAAUGGUCUUCUACCAAAAACAAGAUUAGAAAAACUAGAAAUAAAGAAAAUGAUUGAGGAGAGUAUACCCUCAGAUGAGCAUGGCCUAAACCUACUGGAAGAAAACUACAAAGAAGCAAUUCAUUAUGUUAACACAGCAGUAACCCCCUUAAAAAUCCCCAGUAACAUCCAGGAAAUACUGGAAGACGAAUCCUGCGUUAACUUAACGCAAAAUAGCAACCCGUUUUGGAUUAUGUGCGCAGCUUUGAGAGAGCUUGUGCAAACUGAUGGUGCUCUGCCCCUAAGAGGCAGCUUGCCAGACAUGGCAUCUGACACAAAUAGCUAUGUGGCAUUGCAGCAGAUUUAUCAGAAGCAAGCACAAGUACAUGCAGAAAUUGUUUAUAGGAGGGCCGAUCAAAUUGCCAGGAAUUUGGGCUUGGGGCAAGAUGCUAUCAUAGAGAAUGAUGUAAAAUUGUUCUGCAAGCACGCAGCCGAGCUGCACGUGAUGAGGACCUCUUGCAUAGCGGACGAAUACGAGAAAACCAACGUCGAUCUUUCGUCCUACUUGGAGGAUUCGGACAGCCUAAUGUUCUACUACAUCAUGUUCCGCGGCCUGGAGCGAUUUAUAAGCGAGUUCAACGCGUAUCCCGGCCAGUUCGACGACCAAGUCGAACCGGACGUGCUGAAGCUGAAGGGCAUCCUCAGCAAGCUGCUGAACGAGUGGGGAUGCUCGCAUGCGCUGAGGGACGAGAGGGUGCACGAGGUUUGCAGGUACGGUGGCGCCGAGUUGCACUCAGUCUCGGCGGUACUGGGAGGAUGCGCGGCUCACGAAGUGAUCAAACUUAUCACGCAUCAGUAUAAGCCUCUGAACAACACUUUUAUUUGCGAUGUUAUUUCUUCGAACACGGCCACGUUCUGCCUUUAGGUUUUUUCUUGAUUUGUGUUUGCUUUAAUUUCGUACUAAUUUAAUUUUAUUUAAAUAAAUUUUAAUUACCAAAUAUUUGGUAUUUUUAAGUC